CAUCGUUUAGGGUUCUAGGGUUUAACUAACAGAGAACUGAAGCUUAUAGUGUAACUUCCUUCUCUACUGCUUCAUCUAAUGCUUAAAGAUUGAUUUUUUAGCAGCAAAAAACAACAAAAAUGUCGAUUGAAAAAGCAGUUGAUGAGGAUUUGAAGCAAAAUCAUAAUAGUAGAUUAACUUAUGAAGGUUGCAAUGUAUUGCUUGACAUCAAUGAUGGCGACCGUUUAGUUUUUUCUCGUCUUACUGCUGCCUCGACAUUGAAAAUUGGGAAUAAGAAGUGUUCUCUUCAGCCUCUUAUAGGUUGUCCAUUCGGGUCUCUGUUUCAAGUGGAGUCGGGAAAAGAAGGAACCUUUUUGACUCGUUUUGUUGAGAAUGCAGAAGGUAACGCCCUUGAAGAAAAAGAUGUGGAUGGAUCUAAAGACAACCGUGCGCUUGUUGAUAAUAAUACUGCUCAGAGUCUCACUAGUGAAGAUAUUGACGAGAUGCGAAAGCAGGGAGCAAAAGGGGAUGAAAUAGUUGAAGCACUCAUUGCAAACAGUGCAACUUUUGAGAAGAAGACAUUAUUUUCACAAGAAAAGUAUAGGGUUAAGAAACAGAAGAAAUAUGCACCUCGAGUACUAUUGAGGCGUCCCUUUGCACGAAGCAUUUGUGAGGCCUACUUCAAGAAACAUCCUGAAAAAAUCGGAUUCAUGCGAGUGGAUGCACUAUCUCUACUACUCUGUUUGGGGAAUGUUACUGCAAAUGCAGAUGUACUUGUAGUGGACAUGCUCGGUGGUAUUCUAACUGGUGCUAUUGCGGAACGACUAGGAGGUACUGGUUAUGUGUGCAAUACUUAUCGUGGAUCGUCACCAUAUCCUGUCGAUAUCACAAGGAUGUUUAAUUUAAGUGAUGAAAUCUGUAAAAGAAUUGUGCAUGCAUCACUGACCGACCUGAAUUCAUUUCAAACUGGAGCUUUAGUGUCUGAGGGUCAGGAAAAAACCUUACCUGUCACUCAUUCUAGCGGCCUAGAAGAAGUUGGUAUGUCAGCUGAAGAUGGUGGCAUGGAUAUAACACCUGAGAGAGUUCCUUCUCCAAUAAUCAAGCCUGUUAAAUCCAUAAAACCAGGUCAGAAAGCACCUCUCGAGGCCAUCAAGUUGUGGAAAGAAAAUGGUUUUUCCAGCCUAAUAAUUGCUGCUCCGGAACUGGACCCAUGGGGCAUUAUUAAAGAAGUGCUUCCUCUUUUAUCAUUUUCAGCUCCUUUUGCUGUUUAUCACCAGUAUGCUCAGCCUCUAGCUACGUGUAUGCACAACCUGCAGAUUGAGAAAAUGGCGAUUGGAUUACAAAUUUCUGAACCUUGGCUACGUGAAUAUCAGGUACUCCCAUCAAGAACCCAUCCACAUAUGCAGAUGAGCGCGUUUGGUGGUUAUAUACUAAGUGGCACGAAAAUAUAUAGCAGCGACUCCCUUACCAGCUCCAACUAGGAUAAAUUUUUUUGGCAUCUCACUCUGCUUGGUUGUACAUGUCGCUUGACGAUACCAUUUUCAUCUUUCGAGAAUAUUGUCUGUUAGAAUAGAUGUGGGAUUAUCUUUUCUCUUGUCUGGGGAAGAAACAAGGUAACUCGUGUUGUACUUUUAUUCAUUAAUUGAUGUAUGCUUGUAUGAGCAAUUCUGUUAAAUCAAUAGACUAAAGAGUCUUUUUCCUCUUUAUAUGAUAUAGUAUUUGAAGAUUAAGUGGUAAAUCGUAGAAUUAUUCUUGGAGCAAGCAAUUGAAGUGUGUUUUGUUGAAGAAAUAUAAAAAAUGUAAGACAACAUUAACAACUAUUCUUCAAACUCCAAA